AUGGCAGUGGAUUUCUUGACGCGGGCCUUCAGUACUUCUCCUCCUUUUGAAAGCAUAGCUCAUCUUAGAACCCUAGUUGUGUGCUCCGCCCCUGUUCAGCAGCGUAAGGCUUUGGCUCUGAAAGUAAUGCGAGAAGAUCUGAUCAUGAGAAUUCCUCACGUUCUCACCGUUGCCGGCUCCGAUUCAGGUGCCGGCGCCGGAAUACAGGCCGAUCUCAAGGCGUGUGCGGCUCGCGGAGUGUACUGUUCCACCGUGAUCACCGCUGUCACUGCUCAGAACACUGUCGGCAUUCAGGGUGUUUGUGCUGUGCCGGAAGAGUUUGUUGCAGAGCAGUUGAAGUCCGUGCUUUCCGAUAUGCGUGUCGAUGUUGUCAAAACGGGUAUGCUUCCUUCUAUCAACAUAGUCAAGGUUAUAUGCCAGAGUCUCAAGGAGUUCCCUGUUCGAGCUUUAGUGGUUGAUCCUGUCAUGGUAUCUACAAGUGGAGAUGUACUGGCUGGUCCAUCCAUUCUUGAUAUUUUUCGGGAGGAGCUUCUUCCCAUAGCUGAUAUUGUAACCCCAAAUCUUAAAGAGGCAUCUGCUUUACUAGGUGGUGUGCAAUUGCAAACUGUUGAUGAUAUGCGUUCCGCUGCAAAAUCUAUACACGAUAUUGGCCCAAGGCAUGUACUUGUGAAAGGAGGUGACCUCCCUGCUUCAUUGGAUGCUGUUGAUGUUUUCUUUGAUGGUGAGAAUUUCAUUGAGCUGCGCUCGUCACGCAUAAAAACUUGGAAUACUCAUGGAACUGGUUGCACUUUGGCUUCAUCUAUAGCAGCUGAGCUUGCAAAGGGGUCUCCAAUGCUAUCAGCCGUUGAGGUUGCCAAGCGCUAUGUUCGGACUGCAUUGGAUAACAGUAAGGACAUUGUUAUUGGAAAUGGGCCUCAUGGUCCUUUUGACCACCUCUUUAAGCUUAAGAGUAAUGUCCAGAAUCCAUGUAGCCAAUGGGUGUUUGAUCCGAAUGAUCUCUUCUUGUAUGCUGUUACGGAUUCGGGGAUGAAUAAGAAGUGGGGUCGUUCUGUCACUGAUGCUGUCAAAACUGCCAUUCAAGGAGGUGCCACCAUUGUUCAGCUGAGGGAAAAGGAUGCCAAAACAGGGAAGUUUCUGGAGGCAGCCAAAGCAUGUCACAAUAUUUGUCGUCUCCAUGGUGUACAUCUGCUAAUAAAUGACAGAAUUGAUGUUGCCCUUGCUUGUGAUGCUGAUGGUGUGCAUAUUGGCCAAUCUGACAUGCCUGUUGCUGUUGUCCGCACUCUUCUUGGGCCAGAGAAGAUCAUUGGUGUAUCGUGCAAGACGCCUGAGCAAGCUCAGCAAGCAUGGGUUGAUGGUGCUGAUUACAUUGGUUGUGGUGGUGUGUAUCCAACCAAUACAAAAGUGAACAAUCUAACUGUUGGUUUGGAAGGGCUGAAAACUGUAUGUUUGGCUUCCAAGUUACCAGUAGUUGCCAUAGGCGGUAUUAGUGUUUCAAAUGCGCGGUCUGUAAUGGAAUUAGGUGUACCCAAUCUGAAAGGUGUUGCAGUUGUGUCUGCUAUGUUUGAUACAGAAAGCAUUUUGGUUGAGACCCAAAAGUUGCAUGCUGUGCUGAUGGAGACACGUGCUGUGGUAAAAUGAACGAAUGCUGAAGAUGAAGGUUCUUAAUGGACAACCUUACUAUAUGAAUUCUGAAUCAAUGUGAGGACUUUGUAGCUGAAACUUGGUUGGCUUUGUAUUUCCUUUUUUUUUUUUUUUGUUAAACGUAUUUAAGUAAUUGUCGUUUUGUAAGACCAUAAUAAAAACACAAUUUUUGGCUUCCUUC